CCGCCUCCUCCAUGUCCUGCUUGUAGUGAGUACACGGGAUUGGAGAUCCAGCAGUCAGUCGGUCGGUGGGUCGGUCGGUGGGUGCUCCUCUGCUCCUGAGUUGUGCCCAGUGAUGGAGGGUACCCCCUCCUCUGGCACCCAGUGACACACCCAGGCGGGGUAUAUAUCUCCAGACAUAGAAGGAGCGGGUGGAGUGUGUGCCAUGAUGGGACCCAAGGCUUCCUCCGGCUUCUAUCUGAGUAGGACAUCGGCUCUGCUCCUGGCUGUGCUCCUGACUGCUCUGCUCCUGGCUCUCAUCGUCCUGGCGGCUCUGUAUGGCCGGACUAUGAGAUCAGAGAGAAGAGGAGGACAUUCUGAUCCGGAGGAUUCCAUCACCGCUAAUAUCACCGAAUCCCCCUUCUCCUUCACCUUCCCUACAGAGCCCCCUGGACCCCCCGGAAUCUGGGACCACCCCCGGCUGCCCCCUUACCUUUACCCCGUACACUAUGACCUGGAGCUGUGGCCGCGGAUGGAGCCGGACGGGGAAGGGAAGUACCUCAUGUCUGGUCAGGUCACCAUCACCGUCCGCUGUGUGUCCGACACCGACACCAUACUGCUACACUGCUACAAACUCAAUGUCACCCGGGUACUCAUCACCUCCAUAGAGACCCCCAUAGAGGACAUCCCCGUCACGAGGAUGUGGUACUCCACCCGACACCAAUACCUGGUCCUACACCUAGCCACAGCGCUACUACAGGGGAGCAACUACUCCUUAUACCUGGACUACACAGGAACCCUCAGCGAUGACUACUCAGAGUCAGGACUCUUCAUCUCUCACUACAGGGACCAGGAGCAGGACAGAGUCCUAGUGGGAUCGGAGCUGGAGCCAGCAUCUGCCAGGACAGUUUAUCCAUGCUUUGAUGAACCGGCACUGAAAGCAACCUUCAAAACUAGGAUUGUCCACAAUUCCAGUUAUGUGGCCCUUUCUAAUAUGCCAGCUAUAGCUAUGUCCGAAAGGGAGGAUGAAAAUGGAACUAAAUGGACGGUUACCACAUUUAACACUACUCUGAAAAUGUCAACCUAUAUCACUGCUUUUGUGAUAUGUGACUUUGAUUACGUGAACACGACGGAAAGGGGCAGUGAGAUACGAAUUUGGGCACGGAAGGAAGUAGUGCAAAAAGGAUAUGCAAACUUUGCUCUGGCCAUUGCAGGGCCAAUGCUUUCAUUCAUGGAGGAUUUUCUGAAUGUCUCAUACCCACUGCAGAAAACAGAUUUUGUAGCAAUGCCUGAACUGAGUGUUGGUGCGAUGGAAAACUGGGGAUUAAUUACUUUUCAAGAAAACUCAUUGAUGUAUAACCCAGACAAAAAGUUCUCCACUUCUAGAGCGUUGACUUCUCUGAUUGUUGCUCAUGAGAUAGGACACCAGUGGUUUGGAAACCUUGUCACCAUGAAGUGGUGGAACGAUAUAUGGCUUAAUGAAGGGUUUGCCUCUUAUAUGGAAUAUGCAGGGGCUAGCCUUGCUGACCCCAAGCUGAGACUGAAUGAAUUUUUUAUGGUACACAACCUGAUAAAUAUUUUUGACAGAGAUGCUCGAGCAUCUGCCAGAGCUGUAUCAGUGAAAGAAGACGAGAUUGGUCAUGUGGAUGAUAUAACGCUAUUAUUUGAUGAAUUCACAUAUGACAAGGCAUCUGCUUUGCUCCGAAUGGCGUCCACCUUCCUGACAGAGAAACUCUUCAUCAAAGGGAUCAGCUCAUACUUGAAGAAAUUUUCAUUCUCAAAUGCUGACCAGGAUGAUCUGUGGAAUCAUAUGCAAUCGUUUAUAGAUGGCCAAAAAGAAGUUCACUUGCCAGCAUCACUGAAAAAGAUCAUGGAUUCCUGGACAUGGAAACGGGGCAUACCACUAGUGACGGUAAACACAUCUACUGGGACACUGACCCAAGAUCAGUUCAAGACCGCUAAUGCUGAUAACACCACAAGUGAUAACAAUCAUACAUGGAUUAUUCCCAUCUAUUGGAUGAAAAAUGGAGUACAGCAGCCAAUUGUAUGGCUAGACACUAAGACAAAAACUGUCCCAGAAAUGACUACAAUGGAUAACGAAUGGAUUAUACUAAAUAUUAAUGUAACUGGGUACUACAGAAUAAAUUAUGAUGAAAAAAACUGGAAUAAUCUUGCCAAAACGCUUGAGGAAAAACCACAGGUGCUGUCAGUAGUAAACAGAAUUCAGCUGAUCGAUGAUGUCUUUACGCUGGCAAACUCUGGAUAUCUGGAAUAUGAAACUGCCCUAAGUUUAACAAGAUACCUGGAACAUGAAAUGGAAGUAAUUGUAUGGUACAUUGUUCUGAAACACAUGAAUUCCUACAAGAAGUCACUGGUGACAUAUCAUUCUUUUCCGCUUCUAAAAAAAUAUAUUUUGAAGAGAAUUAAACCAAUUUUCCAACAUUAUGCAAGUGUUCUUAAAAGAAAUUUUGAUGAAACUGCUGAUGACUUUUUUGUUCAUACAGGAAUUGAUCUUAUAUUCAAAACUGCUUGUUCCUUGGGGCUGCCAGACUGUCUGAGUUUGGCAAGUGACAUCUAUACCAAAUGGAUGGCUAACACUUCCAAUAAUGGGAUACCACAGUCCAUUAAAGGAACAGUUUACUGCUAUGGUAUCGCAGUGGGUGGAGAAAAGGAAUGGGAUCAUGCCUGGAAUGUAUACAACAAAUCAGACCUUUCAGAUGUCUGGGAUUACAGUUGCCUGAAACAUAGCUUGAGCUGUACCAAGGAGCCAUGGCUGCUGUAUCGUUAUUUGGAUAUUGUCAUGUUUGAUGCGGCUCAUAGUUUAACGGAGACAUUCAUGGAUAUGUUUAAGAAUGAUAUAGGAAGGCACAUAGCCUGGGAGUUCCUUAAAGAGAACUGGCAUCGGUUUAAGGAUGAAACGUCUGGGGAUGAAACUGAAAUGCUUUUUGAAAGAUUAGUAACAGAUUUGGGAUGGAAAGCUACAUCAGAACUGCAGUUUCAAGAGAUGCAACUCUUCAUUACCACUGCUAUGGAUGAAAGUUUAAGGGAAAGUGAAGUACUGAGGUUAGAAAGAAGAAAAAAAGCUCGCCUAGAGUGGGUAAAUAUUGUGAAUACAAAGAUUAUUGACUGGUUACAGAAGAACACACUGGAUUCAGACCUAUGAGACUUCUCAUUUACGUCACAGUGUACGGGAUUUUAUAGCCUUUUUCUAAAGAAUAUUCUCUUGUGUUGAAAGUUGCCAACUAUUUUUCAUCUAGACUGCUGAAUUUGUAUGAUAUAUAUUUUUUUACAACUUGUAAGAAUGUGAUUAAAUAUGUGCUGAUUUACAGUUUUGUACAUUGUAUCUUUACAAAUGAAAAACAAUAAUUUAUUAAAAAUCUGUUUUGGAUCAGA